AGUUGAAUGAUAUACUCUAGCGCGUUCAAAUCAUGGACAUUUCAAAGGGUGGAUGUGUACCGGAGGGCCCACUGCAUAACAGUAGUGGGGGAAACACAAAUAAAAGAAAGAAAAGACUAAAUAAAAUGAAACGGAUGAAAAAAAAGAAAAAGAAAGAUGAAGAUGAGCACAAGGAGGAAGAAACUAUAACAGAGCAGUUUUCCGUUGACCUUGGGAAUUUACCGAAGAACAAAAAAGAAAUAAAAAUCAAAGAAAUCCAACAGUUGAUUAAAUCCAGUCUUUUGAAAUCGGAGGGUUUACCAAACUGGGUGCAGACCCUGGACAGGUCAUGUGUCGAUAGAGUGGCUGUGGUUUUGAUGAAGUAUGUCACAGCUGAGAUGUUCACAAAAUAUGAGGAUAGCAUGCCAAAGUUAAGCAAGAUGUUUGAUGUGGUAUUGCCUUAUCUCAAUGAUGGACACCAUGUUUUUAUCGAAUCACCAGCUCAUUCAUUGUUAAGCGUGAUACGAAAACCGAAAUCCAUACAAACAGAGCAAGGUGAGAUCAAUCCCAUGUUGCUCCAUGCAAAAGAUUAUAUUUUAACGGAGAGUCAACUUAUCAAGAAUGAUUUUCUUAUCCCCGGUUUGUCAAAAGAUGCUGAGGAUUUUUUUACAAUACCAAGCAGCACGACAACAGAACCAAGUCCUUCAAGUAAAAUGUUUGCAAUUGAUUGUGAAAUGUGCAUGUCUUCGGAAGGCAAAGAAUUAACAAGAAUCUCUGUGAUUGAUUCAACACAUCAAGUAAUUUAUGAUACCCUGGUGAAGCCAGAGAAUACCAUCACUGAUUACCUGACGAGGUACAGUGGCAUCACAAAAAGCGAUCUCUCUGAUGUUAAAACAACCUUAGAAGAUGUGCAGGCAAAAUUAAAAGAAAUCAUCCCACCAGACGCCAUUCUGGUUGGCCACUCGCUGGAAUUUGAUUUCUUCUCACUUCAAUUCUUUCAUAAUAAAGUCAUAGACACUUCAGUAAUAUAUCAAGAUUCACGUGGCUUUGGUUUUAAACCCAGCCUGAAAUAUCUUGCAAAGAAAUACUUAAAAGAAAAUAUCCAGAAAAACUCGCAGGGUCAUUGUUCGAUAGAGGACGCAAGAACUUGUAUGCAUUUAGUUCAACUAAAAAUUACAAGAGGUCCGGACUUCGGAGUGAACAAUGAACGUCACGAAAUGAGUUUUUUUGAUCAUCUCCGGGAAGUAUCCAAAAGAACAGGUGUAAUGGUCGACAGGAAAUCAAAUAUAAAACAAUAUUCUGGAUGCGCAGAUUCCAUUCCUUGUUCUUGCGAUGAAGAGGUGGUCAAGAAUGUCAUCGAAGUUUUACCAGAAUAUGAUUACAUUUGGUCGCAGUUUCAUAAUAUGGAUUCAUUAAAAACAGCCAACGUUUUAGAUGAUGAUAUAAAGUCUGUGUUGCAAAAAAUGGAUGAAAAUGUGAAUGAAAUCCACCAAAACCUUCCCAAAGGAACUUUAUUUGUUGUUAUACUCGGAGCGGCUAACACUUCGCAGAUAAGAAGGUUACGAGAAAGCGGGGCCAGCAGUGGUGUCGUAAAAAAGGCAGUUCGAGAUAACCAACGUGGACUAUGCUGUAUUAAACUCGUGUGAGACUUGUCUAUGUAAAUAUAACAUCGAACAGCGUUGAGAAAGCUAGAAACGAACAAAUUCUUUAAAUUUAGUGUGUAAAGUUGUGUAUAGUAUUAAAAUAUGUACAAUUUUGUGCGUUUUUUAUCGGCGAAGAAUUCAUUCGUCUUAUUCG